GCAAAAAAGUAAAGCGCUCCUAAGGUCAUCUGCGUCUAAUUGUCAUGAAAAUUCUGCCACAAUGCAAAAAAGCUUUAAUGGUCCUACAGUAAGCUUCAUUUAACUCAUGCAAAAUAUAAUUUCUGGUUUCUUCCUUCUUUUUGCAAGGUUAACCCGAGCGUGUUUUUCACGAAUUACACACAGCCAGAUCUUCCUGCCGUCGAGGAGAGUCAGUUUACAUACCAGCUCUUCCUGCACUUAGAUAACACCGAAUAGCUAUAAAUGGCUGUUUUUCUGAAACACAUCUGAUGCUUUUUUUUUUUUCUUUUCCGCCAUUAACACUCCGCUUUGGCUUCUCGUUCUGAACGCAGUGUUAAAUCAUUCCGUGUAGCACAUAUGAAAUUGUAAAACCACAAAACCUGAUGGCCUCACUCAGGAAUGUGAAGUAUGCAGGCCAAAGGAAACCAAGAGCAGCCAAAGGGGAGUCGGUGAAAUGUAAUAUCCUCUCGCUUAAAAACCCGUGCGUUGUGCACAUUACGCAGCGCGCGUAAAUGCGUGCAUCCGUGCCUAUCGCGGUGCGUGCACCGGUAUUUGAGCGAAGUCUCCGUUUUGUGGCGUUUCGGAGUGUUGUUUACAUGCGAGUCCCCCCCUCUAAACAGAGCGAAGUGGUUUCUCCCAUAGUGGGAGGUGUAGUUCUGUGGAGAAGUCACCGCAGAUCAAUGAACUGAGCGAAACAGACGGGCUGGGCAAGCCGACUACAGCGAGCGUCCGUGGGAUAUAUGCCGCUCACCCUCCUGCAACACCUAUUAUUUCUCCCCCGCAACCAUCCGGUCUUAAAGAGACGUCAAAGGGAGACUCUGUGACGGGGCUGCUCGGUCUCUAUGGUUUAUAGAGCCGCAGAUACAACUUUACCCCCGCCGGAUACACGAGAGCGUACCAGAUAGAAACGUUCGGUAGAAAUUAAUUCAUCCGUCGGUGGAUAUUCGCUCGUCGAGGAUGAUUUUUGCAAAUUCCGGCCACACGGUGAGGGCGUCGCACAACCGCAAACAGCCUCCUGUUGGCCCCGCCUCCCACCCAAUGGCUCCGCCCAGUCCCGGAACCAACAGCAGCACCAAUCACAGCAGCAGCAGCAGCAGCACGGCCGGCUGGGAGCAGCUCAGCAAAACAAACCUCUACAUCCGUGGUUUACCACCAACCACCACCGACCAUGACUUGGUCAAGCUCUGCCAGCCGUGAGUUCCUCCUUUUAUU